UCCACAUUCAAAGCAUGGGUAGCCCUCUUAUCCAGUCCCUGCGCUGCUGCUCAACUCGCAACUAGGAUUUCUUACCGUGCGCGUGGCUUCCCAUAGUUGCAAUUUUACGGUCGUGUUUGUUGCUCCGUUGUGAAAGUCGACGUUGCAGCUAUGGCAGUCAUGGCUACCAUCAGCGGGCCUCUUGCAGGGGCAAUUCCUGUAGUGAACAGAGGUGCGUUGUCGGUUAGGCCGCAGGUAGGAAAUUGCAAACAAGUUAGCGUUUGCUCGUGGAGAGGGCAAUCGAGAUUGAGUGGGUUUGACAAUGGUGAGAGUGAUGGGCGUGUGAGAUUUGUUGUGAGAGCUUCCGAGGAGACGGGAGGAAAUGGCGUGGAUAGUCAGAUGCCCACUAAUGCAAUCACCGAAACUGAGGCGUCGGAAGGGGCUGGGAGUUUGGCCACCGAGAAAACGACGCCUUUGCCAUUGCAGAAUGAAGACGCUGCUUCCAAGGAGUCAGAUACAUUGGUCGGGGGCACGCCCACAUCGUCAACCGGAUCCAAGACUGAAGAGACUAACGAUUCGCCCACCGAGGUUAGGGAACCUUCGGCAUCGCAAAAUGGAGACGCUACUUCCAAAGAGUCAGAGACGUUGGUCGGGGGGACACCUACAUCGCCAAUUGACUCCAAGAGCGAGGAGACUAGAGAUCCGCCUGCUGCAGUUAGAGAACCUCCGCCAUUGCAGAAGGGAGGUACAUUGGACGGAGAUGAAGCUGCAGGCAAGGCACCAGCUGCAGCAACUUUGGGGAAGAACGCUACACCAGCAUCAAAUGGAUCAGGCAAAUUCGAAGAUCCAAGGUGGUCAGCUGGAACCUGGGAUAUCACAAAGUUCACACGCAAUGGCAAGAUCGACUGGGACGCUGUCAUUGAUGCUGAGGUGGUGAGGAGGAAGUGGCUGGAAGAGAACCCAGAGACUUCCAACAACGCUGAGCCCGUUGUUUUCGACACGGCGACUGUCCCAUGGUGGGCUUGGGUGAAGCGCUUCCAUCUUCCCGAGGCUGAGCUCCUAAACGGUCGGGCUGCCAUGGUGGGCUACGCAGCCGGCUACCUCGUGGACUCCGCCACGGGGUAUGGCCUCGUGGAUCAGCAGAGCAGCUUCUUGGGCAAGCUCCUCAUCUUCUUCACCAUCCUCGGGGUCCUGCUCAUCCGAAAGGACAGCGAUGUCGCCAACAUUCGCACCAUCGUCAAGGAAUCAACCUUCUACGACAAGCAGUGGCAAGCCACAUGGAAAGACGACGACGACAACAUCAACAACAACAACGAGAAAACCCCUUGAAAUCGAUUGUGCGUCAGUCACUGUUGCUACAACAAACAGACACACACACACUGACGCUCGCUCGCUCAAAAUCACAAUCUGGUCACACGCUUGCCGCGAGCAGAUUGUCUACUUCGCAAAUUGGGGUGUGUAUAGAUUGUGCUAUACGUAAGCUUCGAGAUAGUUGGAUGACAUGAUUUGUAGGGUUUGAGGCACAAGAACCAAUAGAGGUCUGGAUUUGGAACUGAUUUGUAACCAACUAAAUUUGUUUAUAUAUAUAGAUAUAUAUAUAUAUAUAUAUAUAUAUUCACACAUGCAUUUAUAUCA